GUUCUGCAGUACGCGAGUUGAAGCACAUUCCUGCUUUGCAAGGCUUUCUGUUAAGGAUGUAUUGUGGCUUUUGUUUGGAUUGCAGCAUGCAGAAUUACAGCUGUUCAGAGGAGACUCAUUACAACUCCUGCUGAAGCUCCUAAUCUUCUUCCCUUCUCUUCUACCCUUUCCCCCUACCCUCACUUGGCCUGAAGACGUUGUCCCCAGAGUUUACGUUGCUCCCCUGGUGCUAUGUGUAUGAUGAACCUGGCGCUAUGGCCGCGUCUGGGACUGGCCAGACAACUACUGCUGGCUCUCCUUAUUCCAGGAAGGAUUUAAAGGGGAAUUGCACUGCAGGCAAUGCACCAGAGCAGCAGCGUCGGGAGCUUGGGGACUAAGGCUCCUCUGGCAUUAUUACACACAUGCAAAGCUGACCGCGAUGACAGCAGCUGCUUCUUUGAACUGUUGGCAGCAGCCAAGCGGCAGCAUGAAGUGACAGAUCACUCCUGAGCUCAAGAUGAACUCCACCUUGGAUGGUAAUCAGAGCAGCCACCCUUUUUGCCUCUUGGCAUUUGGCUAUUUGGAAACUGUCGAUUUUUGCCUUUUGGAAGUAUUGAUUAUUGUCUUUCUAACUGUAUUGAUUAUUUCUGGCAACAUCAUUGUGAUUUUUGUAUUUCACUGUGCACCUUUGUUGAACCAUCACACUACAAGUUAUUUUAUCCAGACUAUGGCAUAUGCUGACCUUUUUGUUGGGGUGAGCUGCCUGGUCCCUUCUUUAUCACUCCUCCAUCACCCCCUUCCAGUAGAGGAGUCCUUGACUUGCCAGAUAUUUGGUUUCGUAGUAUCAGUUCUGAAGAGUGUCUCCAUGGCUUCUCUGGCUUGUAUCAGCAUUGAUAGAUACAUUGCCAUUACUAAACCUUUAACCUAUAAUACUCUGGUUACACCCUGGAGACUACGCCUGUGUAUUUUCCUGAUUUGGCUAUACUCGACCCUGGUCUUCCUGCCUUCCUUUUUCCACUGGGGCAAACCUGGAUAUCAUGGAGAUGUGUUUCAGUGGUGUGCGGAAUCCUGGCACACUGACUCCUACUUCACCCUGUUCAUCGUGAUGAUGUUAUAUGCCCCAGCAGCCCUUAUUGUCUGCUUCACCUAUUUCAACAUCUUCCGCAUCUGUCAACAGCACACAAAAGAAAUCAGCGAAAGGCAAGCCCGCUUCAGCAGCCAGAGUGGGGAGACUGGGGAAGUGCAGGCCUGUCCUGAUAAGCGCUAUGCUAUGGUCCUGUUUCGAAUCACUAGUGUAUUUUACAUCCUCUGGUUGCCAUAUAUCAUCUACUUCUUGUUGGAAAGCUCCACUGGCCACAGCAACCGCUUCGCAUCCUUCUUGACCACCUGGCUUGCUAUUAGUAACAGUUUCUGCAACUGUGUCAUUUAUAGUCUCUCCAACAGUGUAUUCCAAAGAGGACUAAAGCGCCUCUCAGGGGCUGUAUGUACUUCUUGUGCAAGUCAGACUACAGCCAACGACCCUUACACAGUUAGAAGCAAAGGCCCUCUUAAUGGAUGUCGUAUCUGAAGUGGCUCAGUUACGGGGUUCCCCUGUGUGUGUGUGUGUGU